AUGAAACGAAGGUCUGCUGAGGACGAAGAGUCCCCAGCUAAGAAACGAGUUCUCUCUAACGAUACUCCCUCUUUGAAAUCUACCUUCCGAUCCGACCUUUUCACCGGUGAGACCCGUGAGCACUUUCGCAAAAGCUACCAAGCCUCAACUCCAUAUCCCCACGCAGUUGUACCGUCACUGAUUCAAGAAUCUCUUUUACGCUCUGUCCGUUCCGAGAUCACCACCCACAUCCACUUCACGCUCAAAGAAACCGACAUUUACCGGAUCCAUCAAUCCGGUGACCUCGCAAAUCUCUCCAACCUUGAUGCCGAGUCUCUCAGGCGCCUUCCGAGCCUAGUUCGUCUUCGAGAUGCAUUGUACAGUUCGGAAUUCCGAGAAUGGGUGUCUAUUGUCACAGGCGCCGGCAAAGUGUCUGGAAAGAAAACAGAUAUGGCGGUCAAUGUUUAUACACCAGGCUGUUACCUAUUAUGCCACGACGAUGUGAUUGGGAGCAGAAGGGUCAGUUACAUUCUAUACUUGACAGAUCCUGAUCAUCCAUGGCAACCAGAAUGGGGUGGUGGAUUGAGACUUUUCCCGACUGAGACGAAGAAGAAUAAAGCUGGCGAAGAAAUCAAAGUACCUCUAGCGGAGCAUAGUCUCAAUAUUCCUCCGUCAUUUGGUCAAUUGAGCUUCUUUGCCGUUCGGCCAGGCGAGAGCUAUCAUGAUGUGGAGGAAGUAUACCAUGGGCCGAAUCCGGAACAAGAUGGAGGACGAAUUCGCAUGGCAAUCAGUGGAUGGUAUCACAUCCCGCAGGAAGGCGAGGAGGGGUUCGAAGAGGGCAUUGAACAAGCGCAAGCUCAAAAAUCCAGCCUCGCACAACUCAAAGGAGCAGCAAACGAAUUUGACGAACCGCAAUUGAUAUUCCGCCAUUUCGACGAGCCGAGGUGUGUAAUGGACAGCCACGCAUCCCAAAAGGAGCUCGACCCAGGCGAUGAUCAGGAUACGGAACAAGACAUUCUCACGGAACAAGACUUGACCUUUCUGCUCCACUAUAUUUCCCCGAGCUAUUUAACGCCUGGUAUGAUUGAAGAUUUUUCGUCCUCGUUUGCAGAAAUGUCGGCCUUACAACUGGAGCAAUUCUUCAACCCAAAAUUUGCCAACGAACUGAAAGAAUACAUAUCCGCCAUUGAAAACGAAACAAGUAGUUCCAAGCAAUCGCGAUGUCACCCUUCGAACUGGUCAGUCGCUCGUCCACCCCACAAGCACCGCUACGCAUACCUUCAAGGAGCGGAAGCACUACACCGAGAUAAAACGCCGAUAUCUCGCAUUCUGACCGACUUGAUUCACUCGCACGCGUUCAAGAAAUGGUUGGCGCUAGUCACAAGACUGAAGGCAACGAGUCUGAUCCGACAAAAUGCGAUUGCACGGCGGUUCCGGCGUGGGAAGGAUUACGCGUUGGCGAACCCAUAUCUAGGACAGCAACCGCAAUUGGAGUUCACGAUCUCCAUCACACCUAGUGGAGGAUGGGAGAGAGACGAGACCGAGGAAGAAAACGAAGCGGCCAACGGGUAUGCUGUCACAAAUGGGGACGAAGAUCUAGGCACAGGCAAAGACAAAGCUAAAGCAGAAUCGGCUGAGUCUGAACAAGACCAACGCCAAGUCCAAGUCUCAACGGCCGAACACAUCGAAUUUGGCGGUGAAGAAGUCUAUAUGGCAGGCGACGACGAAGACGAUCUCGACGCCGCGUCUGUGAGUUCCCAAACCCUCCCGAGUGUUGGCAAGAAAGCCGAUCCUGCCAUUUAUAAAUCAUCCGCUGGUGACGAGGAUGGUGAAGAGGACGGGGGAAUUUUGUUCGCGAAUCCAGCGGCGUGGAAUCGAUUUAGUAUUGUGUUGAGGGAUAAAGGGGUGUUGAGGUUUGUGAAGUACGUGAGUAGGAGUGCGAAUGGAGAUCGGUGGGAUGUUAAGGGUGAAGUGAUUGUGGAGGAUGGGACGUGGGAUGGCGAUGAAAAUGUCGAUGAAGAUGGCGGCGAAGAAGAAGAGGAGGAGGAUGGUCGCUGA